GUGGUGGCGGGAUUUAUAAUAUAAGACAUGUUUGUUUUGACCUGCUGACCUGCUCACCUAUUGUUUGCCAUGCUUUUGGAGCGGAGAGGUCAGCCGGAUGCUCUAAAAGGGGUCCAACUGCUUGAAGGAAUAGAAGGUCCGUAUGGCUUGCACAUCGGAGGAACUUGGCUUUAGGCAGGGAGAUGAGAUUGAGGUCUUCUAUCAGAUGCCUUUUCCGGAGGACCAUGGAAAUGAGCGAGUCGAACUCGUGGGAGACAGAUGGAUACUAAGUGCGAGCCCCUCACUCGGGGCGAACCGGCCUCGUAUUGGGUGGACACAGAGGUGGCUCCCAGCGAUCGUCACUGAUGUGGUGACAGGUGCGACAAUAGCUGGUGACAAGAAAGUUGAAGCCAUCAAGUUUCGCUGGGAGCAGCUGCAAUGGUAUGACUGGGCGACUGGAGAUCAUAUUUCCAUCACUAAAGAUCCAAAUGCUUUGGUAUCAGAGGUCAGCCUUCAAAGCGUUCGAGCUAGAACUGCCAAUGCAUGGAAUGUCCAUGCAAACAUGCCAUCAACAUUUAGCGGUGUGUAUCGAAGAAGAUCUGAAGCAACGGUGGGUGGGUGUGAGGUUUCAGUCUCCUUCAUCAUAUUUCAAUGGGGUGCAGCAAAGAUCCCCAUUGACUAUGACUCUCAUUCAUGGGGUGAGGAAGGCUCUACCAUUUCCAAUCGAUUCAUCCGCACCUUCUUCAAGGAGGCAGUGACGCCUAAACUAGCUCACGACUACGAGGUGCUGACCGUGUUCAUCCAGCACAGCGACGAGUUUCCUCGGCUUUCCCCCGAGUUCCUGCUGUCGGUGUGUCGAGGAAGAAUCAUUUCCGCGUUUUACUUUCUGUGGCCCAUUCAAGGACUUCAGAGCUACGGUGAGAUGCGUCCAACGGCUGCUGCAUAUGUCGAUUCGGAGCUGCUGUUCCAGCUAGUUGCCCGAAUGGAGGCAUGUGGAAUCAGUACGUGUUGGCCACAUCCAUUACAGCUUUGGAAGAAUUUAACCUCCAAAGAAUGGAUGGUCAGUUUGUGCAUUUGUCCUCAAUUUCAGAUUCCUCUAACAACGCGUCUCUCCAAGAGUCUGGUCUUGCAAAACCCCUUGAGAGCUGCUUUCUUGGCUUUAGAGACAUUGAAGCUUUUGAAGAAGGAUCGACAGGCACUCAGUGCAGAUUGUGGCGAAGCCAUGUCCGAGGAAGUUGUGGCGAAGCUUGGAUACAGCUAUGAAGGUGUUGACGUGAAAAUGGUCAAAGGACAGCAGCAGCUUGCAGAAGCAAUGUACUUCUUGUUGACUCAGCCAAACUACACCAAUGACUGCGUCUACGUGCAGGAACGAGUCCAGACAGCUUUGGAAGCCAGAUGUUUUUUGGUGAACGGGAAACUGGUCCAGAUUCUGUACACCAGGUUUGCAAGGAUCGAUGGCAAUGGGUAUGUAAGAGACUAUGAAAAGGAAUCCGCGGAAGAUCGUGCCCGGCGCGACUGGUUCUUUGACGAUCAUGCUGCGUGGCAAAAUGCCUUGGAGCAGAUCCAGCGGCUCUCACAGCGUUGGAAUCUCUGGCUCAUGGCCCAAGCGUCGGAGUCCACGGUCUCCGUUCGGAUCGACUAUCUUUUGGAAUAUAUCUCGCCUGGCCGAGCGAAGGUGUGGACCUGUGAAGUUGGAGAACUUGGGACCCAGAAAGGUGCAAUCUUGCUGCGGUGACUUUGGGAUCAAUCAAGUACAGCACUGGCGGAAUAGAUCCUGUCAUCGUGUUUGAUGCAGUCUUGAGCAGUCUUUUGUGGGAGCAAAUGCAGGAUGUACAGAUCCCUGCAGGAAAAAAACGUCAUGUCUAGCGUGUCUAGCAGUUUGUUCUCGAGCCUUAUCCAAGUGGUGAAAAA